CAACAUGGUGCACAUAUCUGCAGGUGUUUUCAGGUGUUUAAGGUCAUCCAUCAGCUGGUGGACACAGAGGAGGACAUUCUGAUGGUGGCUACAGAUGUAAUCAGGGAGUUUGCAGCUGAUUCUGUCAAAUAUUUAGAGCUCAGAAGUACACCAAGGGAGGAGAAAAACACAGGAUUGACAAAAAGGAAAUAUAUUGAAGCCAUCAUCAGAGCCAUACAGCUGUGUAAAAGUGAGGGACUGGACAUUGAUGUCAGGUUUCUUGUGGCAAUUGACCGAAGGAAUGGAGCGAAAGUUGCUAUGGAGACGGUGGAGUUGGCUGAGGAGUUCCUGCUGUCCUCUGAUGGUUUGGUGGUGGGACUCGAUCUAAGCGGAGAUCCAACAGUGGGUGAUGGAAAAUCUCUACUUCCAGCUCUAGAGAGGGCCAGAAACUGUGGACUGAAGUUGUCAUUGCACCUCUCAGAAGUACAAUCCCAGCUGGAGGAGUCAGAGUUGCUGUUGAAUCUUCCUCCUGACAGGAUUGGUCACGGUACCUUCUUGCAUCCUGAAGUGGGUGGAUCUCAAAGUCUGGUUGACAAAGUGCUUAAGAACAACAUACCACUGGAGUUAUGCCUGACAUCAAAUGUUAAAGGACAAACUGUGCCAUGUUACUCCAAGCAUCACUUUAAAUACUGGUACCAGCUGGGACAUCCAAGUGUGAUUUGUACCGAUGAUAAGGGCGUCUUCUGUACAGACUUGUCUCAGGAGUAUCAGCUGGCGGCUUCCACAUUUGGCCUGAGUCAUGACGCCAUGUGGAAGCUCUCCCAGCAAGCCAUAGAUUGCAUCUUCGCACCAGAGACCGUGAAACAGCAGCUCAGACAGAAGUGGAUAGAUUUACAGCCUCAGGUGUUUAAGUGACUAACUCAGUGAAGCUUAAAACCAGUCAUAUACCUCAGGUUUCUAGUUUUAAAAAAAGUUUAAAUGUUUUUUUUUUAUUUAUAGAAAUAAUGACAACAAAAAUGGACCUCAAAAACUAGUUAUCAAAUGUUUGAAAUACUUGAAAUAAGUAAAUUCUUCUUAUUUAGUA